CUUUGAUAGAGUUAUUGAGAUACUUAAGUGAUGUUUUUUAACUCAGCAAUUAUAAAGCAGUUUUUCCUCAGAAGAACUGAUUAUGACCUAUGCUAAAACAUUGUUUUUUGCCUUCGUAUUUAUUGCUCAGGUAAACCUGUUAAUUGGUUUUCUUCGUCCAGUAUGGAAUAUAGCUCAUAUGGUCAAUAGCAUCUCUGAAAUUGUGCCAAGUCUAAAUGAUGGUGCUAAUGCUAUAGAAGCAGAUGUAAUGUUUAAUUCUAAAUGCCAGUUUCAAUAUACUUAUCAUGGAUUUCCCUGCGACUGUUUUCGAAAUUGUUGGAGAUACGCUAAAGCCGGUGAUUACUUGGCAGCACUCGACGAGAUUUCUAAUCCAGAAAGCCUCAAAUAUCAUCCCAGUCUGAAUAUGGUAAUAUUUGAUUUGAAAAUAAGUAAGCUUUCUGAUUGGUGCAAAUUCGAAGCUGGUGUUGAUAUGGCGAAGAAGUUAUAUCGAUACAUAUUUAGAAGUGCUUGGGACAUUUCUACGAGCGAUAUUCAGUCAACAGUCGAAACUUAUAAUACAUUAAAUAUUACGGAAAGAAGAUGGAAAGGUGAAGGCAAUGCUAAUUGCCUUCCAUUUUCAUUAUCUAAAUUAUACUAUAGUAUUUUAAUUAGAAAUUUAACAUCAAACAAAUAUCUUGACAAAGUUUACUUAUGGACUACCGAUCUUAAAUCGACAAUGAGAAAGGCGCUCAGUUUACAAGUCGACGGUAUUAUGACGAAUUUUCCUAGAAAACUUAAUAAUGUUUUAAUGGAAGGAAAGUUUAAAAAAUUAUAUCGUCUAGCUGAUCAAUUUGACAACGUUUAAAUACGAG